GGUGGCAGCUGCCGCAAAGAAGAUGGCAGAGAAACAACAAGAGUGGAUGGAAAAGGAGACGAAGCUGUCAGAGAAGGAGGAGAAUUUGAAACGGGCUGAAGAAGAAAUUGAGAACUAUGUGAGAAGACUGCAAGAAAUGCAGGCUCAGCAGCAGCGAGAAAAGGAGACCUUCAGACAGGAGAUUGCUGUUCAUAAACAAAAGGCUCGUGACAUUGAGGUCAGGGCUCAAGCUCUGGAACGGGAGUUGAUGGCGCAGAAGAGGGAGACUGCCCACUUGAAACACAGAUUGGAAAUCAUGCAGGCAGAGGAAUCCAGGAGGCAGAAGCCGGUGUCAGGGGGACCUGGCUGGGAGAACCCUCCACAGAGAGAUUCCAGAAGUUGUGCAGGUCACAUGAAGAACCAAGGUUCAUCCCCUGCUGAGGACACCAGGAAGGAACAGGUCAGCGUGGCUGCAGGAGGACCUCCUCCUUUCCCAAGACCACCCUACAUGCCCUACCCCAUGGGGGGCUACAGAGAAUCCUUCAUGGGCUAUCCGCCACCUCCUCCACCCUGGUGGUUUCCAAGACCUCGGCCAGUACCUCUGUCUCCAGAAUUUGGAGAGCCAUUGUGGAAUUGGAAUAGGAAGCUCAGCUAUCCGGAACAGGCUGUGCCUGUGAGUCAAAAAGCCACCUGAUGCCCAUUUUCCGAAUGUUUUCCCUGUCCCACGAAGACUCUUCCUCUCUUAUCUGUCUGAGUGAUUCCCCUAAUAAACCUUGUGUGGUGCUGA